AUGCUAGAGAGAGGAGGAGGGGUGUGGGGGGGCCCCCUGAGGGAGGUGUGGCUGCUGACAGCAGCAGAAAUGCAGCUGCAGCAGGUGCAGCAGCUGCUGGGCUCGCUGCUGGUGGGGGAUAGACGCUUCGGUUGUCUCACCGGGGCGGGCUUUCAUCUGGCUUGGCUCGCGCUGCAGCACCUGCAGCAGCUCAGCAGCAGCAGCAGCAGCAGCAGCAGCAGCAGCAGCAGCGGCAGCAGUGGGAGUGGCAGUGGGAGGAGCAGCAGCAGCAGCAGCAGCAGCAGCAACAGUACGCUGCAGCAACAGAGAUUAGGGCAAGCUGCUGUAGAUACUAGCAGCAACAGCAGCAGCAGCAGCAGCAGCAGCAGCAGUGAUUGGAAAAAGCAGGACUCUGCUGCUGGUGCUGCUGCAGCAGCAACAACAGCAGCACAAACAGCAGCAGCAGCAGCAACAGCAGCAGCAGCAGCAGGGAAGAAGCAGCACGUCCCCUGGCAGCAAACGUACGGCUACGAUGAUACUGAAUGGCCCCGCUUUGUAUGCGGAUCCAUAGACAGAAGGUGGUGUCUCCAGCAGCGGAAUGUAAAGGUCCCUAUAGAGGCGCAGCGCGGGCAGCCAGAGGGCCCCCAACCCAGCAGCAGCAGCAGCAACAGCAGCAGCAGCAGCAGCAGCAGCAGUAAUAACAAUAGCAGCAGCCCUGCCAGCAGCAGCAGCUCGAACCGCCCAGCAGCAGCAGCAGCAGCAGCAGCAGGAGCGGAGACAGGGGUGUGUUCUCCUUCUACGCCAGCAGCAGCAGCAGGAGCAGCACCAGCAGCAGCAGCAGAGUCAACCCCAGCAGCAACAGCAGCAGCAGCAGCAACAGCAGCAGCAGCAGCAGCAGCAGCAGCAGCAGGAGGAAGCAAGAGAGCAGCAGCAGCAAACGAAGUGGCGCUGCAGUUCGAGGAGUUUCCUCUAUCUGCUGCUGCUCUCUUCUGGCCCCAGCCCCUGCCCCUACCAGCUUCUCUCUAUCCAGGUUUACAAAUCCAGGUGUCUCUGCACAUGGGCCCCCGCAAAGCGAUUUGGUGGUUAGAUGCAGAGAUAACACAAGUAAGAGACGGAGACAUAUACUGUAGGCUGCUCAGCAGCAGCAGCAGCAGCAGCAGCAGCAGCAGCAGCAGCAGCAGCAGCAGUGGCAGCAGCGGCAGCAGGAGGGGGAGGAAGGGAAGAGGAAGGGCUGCUCAGGGAGAAGAUACGGCAGAGGAAAGCAGUGCUGCUGCUGCUGCUGCUGCUGCUGCUGCAGCAGCAGCAGCAGAAGAGGAGGAGGAAGCAGCAGCAGCAGCAGCAGCAACACCUGAAACAGCAGAAACAGAAGAAGCAGCAGCAGCAGCAGCAGCAGCAGCAAGUAAGAUAUCACCACAAGAAGCAGCAGGAAGAGAGAAAAAAAGCAGCAGCAGAAAAAAACAAAUAAAAACAAAGACAGAAGGGUUUACAGACAAGCCCGCAUUCAAGGAGCCGCAGCCAUACCCCAUAAGGAAUUUCUGUGCUCCUCAAGCCCCCGUUGCUGCUCCUUCUUCUCGCUGCUGGCGGCUGCGUCCUCGGCGGCUAUCAGCAGCAGCAGCAGCAGCAGCUGCUGCUGCUGCUGCUGAUACUACUGCUGCUGCUGCUGCUACAGGGGGCCCCUCAUCACCCGCUGCUGCAGCAAGCCCCUUAUUGCCUGCUGCAGCAGGGGGCCCCCCAUCACCAACAGCAGCAGGGGGGCCCUCAUCAGCUGCAGCAGCAGCAGAAGGCCCCCCCGCCUCAGCAGCAGCAGCAGCAGCAGCAGCAGCAGCAACAGCCCCGGCCUCAUCAGCAGCAGCAGCAGCAGCAGCAGCAGCAGAUGAGAUGCAGCAGCAGGAGAUAGAUAGUAUAGAGAAAUGCCUGUACCCUGGUUCUUGUCUUUGUGUUUCUGCUGCUGCUCUCGGCUUACGGUACCCGCAGCAGCAGCAGCUGCUGCCUCCUUAUUUAUAUAAAGAUGUAGUAGUGCAUCGUGUCUUCUAUGGGGCCCCUGCAGCAGCAAACUCAUCUGCUGCUGCUGCUGCUGCUGCUCCUGCUGCUGCUGCUGAUGCUGCUGAGGGAGGGGGGGAAGGAGGCGGAGGCAGCAACAGCAACAGCAGCAGCAGCAGCAGCAGCAGCAGCACAGAAGACGAAGGAGACAGAGACCCCAGCCCGCUGCCGUCUACUGCAGCAGCAACACCAGCAGCAGCAACAGCAGCAGCAGCAGCAGCAGCAGCAGCAGCAGCAGGCAGCAGCAAGCGAGUCUCUCCAGCCCCUGAAAGAAAAGGGGCGGGGGCCCCCUCACCUGCUGCUGCUGCUGCUGCUGCUGCUGCUGCUGCUGUUGCUGCUGCUGCUGCUGCUGAUGAUGAUGAUGAGGAAGCAGAGCGCUGCUACGAUGGCUGCUGGUCAAAGAGCGGCAUUACACACAUUCAAGUGUACAUAAUAUCUCUGCGUCGUUCUCGUCUGCUUUCUGUUUCUUCUCUGUUGCUGCCUCUCUCUUUUUAUAAACUUGAGUAUGACUUGCAUGCACACUUCCCUUCUGCUGCUGCUUCUCUUGCUGCAGCACAAAGACAAGCAGCAGAUUUCUUCUGGACUGUACCCAGGGCCCUCUCUAUCAUGGGGGCCCCCGGGGGGCCCCCAGGGAGGAGACGCAGAGACGGAGCAGCAGCAGCAACAGCAGCAGCAGCAGCAGCUGCUGCUGCUGCUGCUGCUGCUGCUGCUACUUCGUCUUCACAGGAUAUCUCAGUUGCAGCAGAUUCUGCUGCAGCAGCACCACAAACGGCAACAGCAGCAGCAACAGCAGCAGCAGCAGCAGCAGCAGAAGCUAUAUGGGAUGAGAAGACACGCAGCCCCGCUCGUGAUUGGGCCUCUUUCCCUCCUUUCUGUAUUAUUUAUUUCUCUCUCUAUUCUCGUUCUCUUUAUAAACUCAAUUCUGCUGCUGCUGCUGCUGCUGCUCUCCGUCUGCUGCAACCCGAAAUAGAUUGGGGGGCCCUCAAUCAAGGUGUAUGGGCCCUCAGGGGCCCCCAGUGGCAGCGGGGCCCCUCUCUCCCCUUUGCUGCAGUCAUGGGGGCCCCCCCCAUGGGGCCCCCAGUACCCCGUCUCCCCUGCAUCCUUCAUCACCCCAGCGAGGGGCCCCUACCCCCAGGCAAACUGGGGGCCCCCCAGUACCCCGUCUCCCCUGCAUCCUUCAUCACCCCAGCGAGGGGCCCCUACCCCCAGGAGUACCCCGUCUCCCCUGCAUCCUUCAUCACCCCAGCGAGGGGCCCCUACCCCCAGGCAAACUCAGUGCAGCUCUGCAGCCAUGGAUAA